GCCGGCCGCAACGCUAUUUUGUUCUGAAGUGUUUGAACGGCUCGGACGUGAGGCCUCGGACCAGCACCCUAUCUGCGAACCGAGGUCCAGGCGGCGUCCGGCCCCUGCCCAGCCCUGCUCGUCUCUCUUACCGGGCCAUGGGCUCUUGUCCGCAUUCGCUUCACUGAUUCCCAGUGUCCAGCCCUGACCAUGAACCCGGCGGCGAUGCCUCCGCUGCUGAGCUGCGGCCUGUCUGAGCCCAACCCCGUCACGCUGGCGCUGCGGAACGACUUGGGCUCCAACAUCAACCACCUCAAGACCCUCAACCUGCGUUUCCGCUGCUUCCUGGCUAAGGUCCAUGAGCUAGAGCGACGCAACAAGCUACUGGAGAAGCAGCUGCAGGCGGCCCAGGGGCUGCGGAGGAAUCGGCUGGGCCGCACCCGGGCUGUAGCCACCCAGACGCUGCUGGAUUGCUACAGUUACUCGGUCGGCGGUUACAGUUAUACUCCCAGUUCCACAUACACACCCGGCGCCGGUUUCUCCAGCGGCACCGGAUCCGGCUACACACCCGGAGCCGUUUACUCCCCCGGCACCGGAUCCGGCUACACACCCGGAGCCGGUUUCUCCCCCGGCACCGGGUCCGGCUACACGCCCGGAGCCGGUUUCUCCCCCGGCACCGGGUCCGGCUACACGCCCGGAGCCGGUUUCUCCCCCGGCACCGGGUCCGGCUACACGCCCGGAGCCGGUUUCUCCCCCGGCACCGGGUCCGGCUACACGCCCGGAGCCGGUUUCUCCCCCGGCACCGGGUCCGGCUACACGCCCGGAGCCGGUUUCUCCCCCGGCACCGGGUCCGGCUACACGCCCGGAGCCGGUUUCUCCCCCGGCACCGGGUCCGGCUACACGCCCGGAGCCGGUUUCUCCCCCGGCACCGGGUCCGGCUACACGCCCGGAGCCGGUUUCUCCCCCGGCACCGGAGCCGGUUUCUCCCCCGGCACCGGGUCCGGCUACACACCUGGUACGGCUUCCAGUUCUGCUUACACCCCCGGCUCGGGGUCUCUGCCUCACCACCAUUACCCGAGCCGCCUCCCUGGAACUAUUUGGAGUUUCACUCACAUCAGAAAGGUGGGAGGUGGCCUAGAGACGGUGCAGGGACCCGGCGUGUCUUGGACCCACCCGGACGGUGUCGGUGUCCAGAUCGAUACCAUCACCCCCGAGCUGCGGGCCCUCUACAAUGUGCUGGCCAAAGUGAAGAGGGAGCGGGAUGAGUACAAGAAAAAGUGGGAACAAGAAUUCGCACUUAGACAGCACCUACAGGAAAUUGUAGCUGCACUGCAGGUGGAUUCUCAGGAAGCUGAGGCCAUUCAGAAGGAACUCAAUGAGAAAGUGGAAAAACUGAAGUCAGAGCUAGUUGUGUUUAAGGGGCUGAUGAGUGAUGUAAGUACUUUACAGCAAAUGUCUGAUUUGGAUACCAAGAUUCAAGAGAAAGCUAUGAAAGUAGAUAUGGAUAUCUGUCGGAGGAUUGACAUCACUGCCAAGCUCUGUGAUGUGGCACAGCAGCGAAACUCUGAGGACAUGAGCAAAAUGUUCCAGGUAACAACUGUCAGCAAAAAGAAAGAGAAAAAGCCAGCAUGUGAUGAUGAGAGCUCAGAAACUGAUGGGGAUACCACACGGCACUCUGAUGAUGAUGUUAGCACGUCUCUCAAUAUAACUGAUGAAAUGAAGCGAAUGCUCAAUCAACUUCGAGAGACAUUUGACUUUGAGGAUGACUGUGACAGUUUGAGCUGGGAAGAAAAUGAAGAAACUCUACUGCUUUGGGAAGAUUUUGCUGAGUACACAGCUAUUGUGGAGCCUCCAACUGAGGAUACCUGGAUGGCACAAUGUGUGGAGAUUACAGAUGAAACUUUGGAAACAGUUAUUAAAGAAACUGAAUCGCUCUUCAAAACUAGAGAAAAGGAGUAUCAGGAAACCAUUGACCAAAUAGAGCUGGAAUUGACCAGUGCCAAAAGCGAUAUGAACCGCCACCUCCAUGAAUACAUGGAAAUGUGCAGUAUGAAACGUGGCCUCGAUGUGCAAAUGGAAACCUGUCGGCGGCUCAUUAAACAAUCAGGAGGGAGAAAAUCUCCAUCAUUCAGUUCUGCAGCAAGUAGUGACUCAGGGAACACAGAUGAAAUCACUGAUGAAUUUGAACGAGAUGGUGAAGGUGAUAGUUCUGUGAGCUGAUGAACCGAUAUCUAGGAAAUGGACUCCAUCUGCCUGUACCUACAGCAGUUACCUUUAACCCUAUUUUUUCUAGGGUGCAAAGGGCUUUGUUCAUGUACAUUUAGUCAAGCCCUGAGUAUUGGUGUUGUACAAAACAGUACCAUAAGAUGAAAUUAGCAAAACAUUGAGGAUUUUCACCUGGUGCAGAAACCCACCAUGAUGUUGACUACUAUGCAAGCGGCUUGCCUUACAAAUCAAGAGCCUUCACCUCCCUGGAGGAGACUAACUCUGCAGCAUCUUUUGAAAGAGAAACAAAAUGAUAUCUUCUGAAAUAUGUAUGGUAGCUGUUAAUGAUUAUAGAAUGGGAUAAUGGAAUGGUUUAUUUAUGAAGUGUUCAUUUUAUUCAUUUGAUGGGAUCGCUGGCCAUUCUGGGCUUGUACAGGUUUUUAAUGUAAACAUUUCGAAUCUGAUUAUACUGCUGUAUCUAAGUAAGCAAUUGCUGAAACAGUUUGAACUGUUUGGUCUGGUGUAUCCAUUCUGCACUGAAAGUUAGAAUGUAAACCUUGAUUGUCUUCAUUCUCUAAACUGAAGUUGCUGUAGGGCUGAAUUGUGACCUCUACAUAAUCGUCAUUUCAUUGGGCUGUAUUCAGUAUCUUAAUACUGCCAGUGUUGUAUGUGGGCAUAAAUUAUUCUAAAAUCCAUAUAGGAUGCUCUUCAUUUCUGAAAAAUGGAUUACAUUUAUAAUUUGAAAACUGGAUAAUCCAUUCACUAGAUAAACCAUUACUUACACAAAAAGUAAACUUUGGAUAACCAUACACGAUCAGGAUCACCUUGAUUUUUACCUUUUUUCUGAAUUGUUGAGCUUCACUUUGACACUGGCCCUAGAAAGAAUCUAGAUGGAAUAUGCCUUGAGGUUGUGCAGAAUGGAAAUACAUGGGAGUGAAUGAUUCACUGACUAUGAAUAAUGGACUUUGGUGCUUCUGUUCUGUAAAUUUUGCAUAUGAUAUCAAUUACAAUCCUUAGAAUCCUGCAAAUAAUUUUAAAACAAAUCAUACCUCAGUCCUUAUUAAAAGGAAAUGUUAUUUAUGAAAUACUAUCAUUUUUAAAGUGUUCUAAUAAAUUAACCAUCAACCAGCUGCAACUUCAUAUGGAAUGUUGCUUCGGUGUAGGUACUUCCAGUUGUGAAAGAUCCAGACCAGGUAACACAAGCACCUGAGCUUAUGAGCUUUUGCCUCACAUGCAGGAUGUUCCAGUCACAGCACUCCUAUUCCGUCCACAAGUGGUGAUGUUUGGUACAAAAAAUGUUAGUUCAUUGCUGUCUUUUGCCCUUUUAUCAGUUUAGCAUGUAUAAGUUCAGUUUGUAUUUUAUUGUUUGAGACUGCAUAGACUCCCUGGGGAUGUAUCAGUGUUUAAAUAACGGGCCUUCCAUUUUGCCUGUCUGAUCGUAGUGUAGAAUGUCACCAUCUGUAAUGCACCACCUUGGAAAUGUUGACUCCAAACUGGUGUUCUUAACCUUCAAAAUAAUUGUGCAUAGUUGAUUUUUAAGUGCCCACCACGUCUAGAUUGAUAAUUAUAUAUUUUCUCAUUCUUUAGCCUAUCAAUUGUGUGAGUUUCAUCACAGUUACUUUUGAGCUGGUGUUUGUCUGGAUUAUUCCAGCAGCUUGGUAACUCAGCCUGUGAUUAUUUUUGCCUUAGUUUUUGCUGUAAUGUACCAUCUUCACAUUCAUAGCAGUCUAUGAUUAAACAAUUUUGGUGAUUGGGUGAAGUUCUGGGAAUGUAAAUUCUAUUUUUGUACAUAAUGAAAGACUUCUCUGAAAGCUAUAUAUAGGAAGGAGGGACUGUUAUGAAAGGAGAACAAUCUCUCGAGCUUAACUUGGUCCCAUCUUUCAACAAGCUUUAAAUAAAAAAUGUCACUCAAAUUGUUUCAAUGAUUAAUAUACAUUUGUAUAGGACUGAGUGAUAUAUUGUCCUGUUGCCUGUGCAUUCUGCUUCAAGUGUCAUGAUUGAGUAUCUCAGGCCAUAAUAAAUAAUGGUUUUAAUAGGGUAAAGUUGACACUGAUGCAACAGCGAAUGCUGCACUUGUGGGAGCCUGCAAGUACAGGGAGAAUUAAUUGGACUCAGCAGAAAGAAUUGUACUUUUGCUUUUGCAGUUUCCCAAGGAAUAAUGCCAAUGCUCAUGCAAAAAUGAAAAUGUUAGUAAUUUUAAAUCCCUAUCUAUGGCAACCACUGAAUUAUAAAAACUGCUAUAAUUUGGUCAACCAGCCUGUUUCUUGUAUUAAGUGUUAUGGUAGCUAGAAUUAAUAAAUUUACCCUUUUAUGCAAGUAUUUACAUUUGAUGUAUGGAGCAUAACUGAAGAGAUCUGGAGAAAGACUUUCAUACUCCAAAUACUAAGGUGAUUAUCAAAGGUAUUGUACAGGUAUUCCUGUAAGUAAAUCAAACAGCUCUAUUGAAUUUUCUGAAGGAGGGUCUAGGUCCGAAAUGUCAGCCGAACUGCUCCUCUGAUGCAACUUGGUCUGUUGUGUUCAUCUAGCUCUACACCUUGUUAGCUCUAUUGAUGCUUUUUCCAGUAAUGGAUUGUGAUUUGGCAAACUGAACAAAAGUACUAAACACCUUAAUUUCUAAAUUUUACUGUGUCUGAGUAAUUAAGAGCAAGUUACUUAAACGCUUAAUCCAUAUCUUGUAUCUUGCAUCUAUUUCAGUAUAUACAUGGAAACAUUUCUUUCAUUCAUACUUUUGUGGUCUUUUUGCACUUUUCUGAAAUGUAAGAAAAGCUAACUGAUUAGGUGAAUUUUCAUUGUGCAGCUUUCAUCUACUGGUUGGUUGGUACUGGUGAAACACUAAUUUGUAAUGAUCAAUGUACUUUGCCAAUAUUGUACAGGGUUCCUGUCUUUUUUUAAAAAAAGCCAUUUACUGAGCUACCUGUGAAUAAAGGAAAGAUCUAAAUUGUAAAACUGGUCCAAAGCAAUUGGAUGAAACUCCAGUCAAAACCAAUGUUCAGUUGUGUCCCCCUCUCCUGUCCCAUAUUGAGGUUAGUCCACUGUUCGGGACAUUUUUUCUCCUCUGGAGUUUGGCAGUGUGAACGUAAUGUUCAUUGUGAGACUGUGUAAAUAGUUUGAACGGGUUUUUUAAACGAAUAUUAUUGAAAGCAAUUAGCUUAACAUUGAGCCCCAGAAUUGGAAAACGUUAAGUGUACCAGCUAGAAUGGUUAUUAGAUUGUGCAAUGCUGAUUUGGUAUUAAAUCUCCGUGAGGAUGACGCGUACUCUUGCUCUCCGACAAUUUCGAAAAUAAACUUCAUGCACUCUAAUUGUUGCUUCGGUGAUUUAUGCUCUGUGCCGUUAAUCAAGGACUUGGGACCGUUGCAUGUUUAAUGAUUUGACUUUGCAGUUUCUGUCCCUUCCACUGUUUAGUGACUACCAGUUGGCGUCCUUUGUUUUGUCUUUUUUCUUUUAAACUUCGUACCCUGGCAAGGAUGGCUUUGUAGUGGCUAUUAAAUAGAUUGUUGUGUGGAACUUUUGUUUCCUCGUUGACAGCAGUGUUCAAAGCUUGUUUGUAGGAGUUCAUAUGGAAGAGGAUUUUUUUCAACAAGAUAUUCUGACUGCUGUUUUCUUGUCACUUAAUGGAGGCUAACAUUUGUUUUAUUGUUGGUUCAGAUAUCUGAACCGACAAGAGUAACGAUUACAAUUGGUUAUUGAGCAAGAAUUGAAAUAUCAAUAAAAUGACGUACUUUUCGCGGCUAUCGCCACCGUGUGGCGUUGUCCAGAAAGUAACUUUUCUAUUGCAUUAACUUGACAUCAGCCAUUUUAUAUAUAAUCCCAUCGUAUUCUACAAAUAUGGAUGUGAUUUUAAUUUAUUCCAAAGUGUGAAUGCGACACUGACUUAAUUGUCAACAUCAUGGGAUCCCAUGAAGGGUUAUCAAAGGUGCAAAAUUGUCAAUUUAUUCAGAUAAAAGCUUG